UAAUCAAAAUAUUGUUUGUAUUCUAGUAUUCGUUGUAGUUUAAAAGUUGAACAAAUUUAAAAACAAAAUGGCGGAACUUGUCCAUCAAAAUGAAGAGGAAAUGUUGCAAGAGUUGGAACAAAUGCAAAACGUUGGGCUGUUUACAUCGGCUGAGAUAAAAGCCAUCAUUAGGAAACGAAACGCCCACGAAUACAAACUUGUGCGAAAAACUAAAGUGAAGAAGGAUUUCUUGGAUUACAUUCAAUAUGAGAUCAAUCUGCUCGCUUUAAUUCAUAAGAGAAGGAAAAGGGAACACUAUUUCUUUAAACAAGAUGAGAUAGAAUAUGUUAUUGUGUCCAGAAUACACAGGUGGUUCAAACAAAUGAUGGUUCGAUGGGCCGACGAUUUAAAGGUUUGGACGUCACACGCUGCGUUUUGUUUAAAGUGGAAUAAGAAGGUUCAAUUAAGCAAGCUGUGUACGAGGAUGGUGCAGGUCCAUGCAAGCAACCCAAAAGUUUGGUUACUUGCUGCAAAAUGGGAGUUGGAAUGCGGUGACAGCAUGGAGAAGGUGAGAUCUUUGUUUCUUCGAGGGAUUAAAUUUCAUCCAAAGUCGGAGAAAAUGUGGUUGGAGUAUUUUCGUGCAGAGCUUUUGUUUACCGAGAAGCGACACAGGAGAUUCAAAAUGAUUACUAAACAAGAUGUGAAUCUAAAUGAUGAAGGAAGUGACAGUGCUUUAAUGAAAGGCAAAGCUGCUUUGAUCAUUUACAAAAACGCUCUGCAGGCAUUCCCGGAUAAUGUUGAAAUGCAUUUAAAGUUUCUUGACAUUCUUUCUGCAUUUCUUGCAACGAAUACAUUCGCUGUUUCAUUGUUUAAUGAAAUCAAAGAUGACUUAAGUGAGAUUUACAACAACAGCCCAAAGAUGAGAGCUUGUCUUGCUAAACUUCAUCUAAAAGAAACACUUGGAAUAUCUUUCAGCGGAAAACACAAAGAAAUAGAGAAACACAGUCGAGCCAUGAAUUGCUACCAAGAUUUUGAUAAAGCUGUGAAAGAAAUUGACACACCCGAGAUGUGGUCGAAAUAUUUCAACUUUGCGCUUUCAAUGUGCCAGCAAUCCCAACCAAAUCAAGUUUCAGGACCAGAUUCUUUGUUUUCUUUAUCCUCCGAGCAGUUGAUGAAAGUAGCGGAUCAUUGCCAUGGUAACAACAUCCUAACUUGCCAGCAGUAUAUCGCAUGGGUCGAUUUUUUGCUUAAGACUGGCCAGUUGUCUUCCGCUUAUGACGUUCUGUGUGAAGUUUGUGGAAGGCGUGAUGAAGUGGAAUUGUGGCUCAAACGACUCAAAGUUGCUCAUUUAGGCAAUGGGGAAAAUAUAGACUUGAAUGAGUUAUUUCAAUUAACCUGCAAGUUUUCAAACGAAAUGACAAAGAAACAGCAGGAGAUAUUUUGGUCGAUGUGGAUGCAAAACUGUGUUGUUUCUGAUGCAGAGGAAACAGCAGAAAGUGUUUUAACAAACAAGGCUGUAGGUUGUUGUUGUGAAGCUGCAUUGGCAUUGCAACAUGUUUACUUAAAGUGGAUGGCUGUAAAAUAUAAUGUAAACCACGCUUAUCAGAUGUUUAUGACAAAAAUUAAGAACACGAGGACUCCAACACCAGAGCAAUAUAAGGAUGUUUUGGAGCUGCUAAAUUUGAGUCCAUCUGUUGCGCAAUCAACUUUACAAGAAUGUUAUGAGCAUGCACUGCAUGAUCAUGGUGAAACAGAUCCAGGUCUUUGGUUGGACUACAUGAAGUUUUUGACACAAAAGGAAAAUAUGAAAAAAUGCGGCCAUGUUUAUUGGAGAGCGCUUAAAACAUUGAAACCUGAAUUUACUGACGACUUUGUUUCUCAACAUUCGAUGUUAAAAUGUUCAAUCAAGACAAGAGGUUAAAACUAACAGUUGAUUUAAAUCGUGAAUAUUAAGAAAUAAAAGAUCACACUGCCUUGUUUC